UAGGCCCCCUCCCAUGAUCGGUGUUCCUAUCGAAAAUCACGUCAGUCAUCCUCGCCUUCUACUUAUGGUCCUAUUGGUUUACGCGCUCAUGGACAGGGAGAUGUUUUCUAUCGUUUGUACGCGACUCUGCACCAUCAGGGUCAUGAUGUCUACACGGGACAUUACUUCGUUCGCCUUUUCUGCAUGUCAGGGUGGUACACUGUCAGUGACUCAGAUGUGACGCAGAUGCGAAGUGCACCAGAUGCUUCUAGUACACUCUGCACGGCAUUCUAUCAACGCGAGAGCCAACCUAUCCCGAUCCCUAGCCACCUUACUGUCUGCUCAGCGAUUCCCUCAGUUGGAACAAGGCCCAUGAAGAGGAAAUUGGAUGAGAGCGGAUGUGGAGAUGGUACCGAAAUCCAAAGAUCACGUCCCACCCAUCCUUUCAACUCCGGAAAAAAAUACAACCCUUACAAUGUGCCAGAAGGCGUCCUUGCCCCCCACGCAGCGCCCCCACCAGUCGAUAUGACCCCAGAUACGGCACCAGCACCUUACGCAUCAACGGACUUUCCCCGCUACGUGACUGAGAUCGCCCAUUUUGGAUCCAACAUGUCAAACCUCGACGUGGGUCGUGUCGUGCCGACCCCUUACCACCCCACCUUCGCCAGCAUGUGCUCAGGAAUUCCCCCUACAUCGUCAAUACAUACCUAUUCCUUCCUUCCGGAUAAUGGCAUUGCCAUCACAGGAAUGGAAUACGAUGGAUUUGCACUGCAGGGGACGCCCCUAAGACCAUCGGUGCCGUUGGUUACGCGAGCAGUCGGUGAUGACUCUGGGAGGGGUGGUGUUGACAGAUGGAGGCCUAGCGUGUGGAAGACAGGGUGCACUAUUCAGCAAUCCCGACGCUUUCGUCUCAUGCUGGAAGGUGCCCUGCCUGCCUCCUUUAUAGGAAUCAUCGAGUCUUACGCCCCAGAAUGGCACUUUGGCCUCGAUCGCGGGUACGGCUUUUUUAUGGUGAAUCCCGCAUCGCAUUCGGAGGGACCGAAGCCCUGAAUAAACGGUUCGGAACUGAAACCCAAGCAAUGGAAUUCAGGCCGGUCGGGCAGAGAAAUCCAUUGGUAUAUUUUUCUAUCUCCGCUGAUACCCAGUACGAUGUGCUAUCGAGUUUUGCAAGACUUCUCCGGUUCUUGAAUGGUACCACCCAGGGCUUAAACCUAUUGCAUCUCCGACUAUGGGAUGCUUCUGGUCCCUUUGAAGA